UUGCAAACAGCAGCAAAGACUGCUGGGAUCAAUCACGAGGAGUGGAUGGAGAAUGCAGAUCGCUGGAUUGCAGGAUUUCUUGAGAAGUUUGAGGAAGGAUGUCAUAUCAUGCAAACUGCCAUUAAAGACCGAAUUCAGGAGAGAUUGAGGAGGCAGUCGAGCAAAGAAAUGAGUGCCAACCUUCUGGAGGAACCAAUGGCAUUUGAUGGAUAGUUACAAAAAUGACUGAGAUAUGGACAUUAUAAUUUCUAUUCUUUAUGCUGUCUUAUCCUCAUGUGAGAUUAUGUGGUUUUGAUUCUUUUGUGUCGUUGGAAGACCACCGCGGCAGUUGCUGUUGCUACGGCUUCCAUCUUUCUUCUCGUGAGUGCGGGACUACUGUUAAAGCAGUAGAGCAGUUUGUGAUCAGCAUAUAUCAAAUGAUCAUUGACUGAAGGUGCUGCAAGCAUCAUCCUUUUGAUAUAGAUUUUCAUUAAUAAUACUUGUUCGAUCAUCAGUACCAUGAUGUUCAUCUCAUGAAGACUGCAUUAGUUACAAACUAAGGUGUAAUCUGUUGAUAUAUGGAUCUUUGUGGUAUUGGCGACUUCUAUGGCAUGCGAGAGGUAUGAUUAUUUUUUACUAGAAUAUUUAAAUACAAUGUAUAUUAUUCUCGAUAUGUAAUUAAAAUUUGAUGAUUAUGAUCUUCUUUCC